UAUAAGGAGAGAAUUUAUUCUAAAGGAUUGUUGUGGGGGUGUGGGGGUGACCAUUGCAAUAGGGAAACGUUGCAGUGCGGCCACUCGCAGGCUUCCCAUAUGAUCUGCAAGUGUCUCAGAGGUUAGGCAAAGGGCUGACCUUGUAUAGGGAGGCAUAAACGUGGCUAGAAAGAACUGUUAUGGGAAAGUGGACUGAGCAAGAGUGUCACGAUCGAGCAGGUCUUACCCUGCAGACAGACUGUUCCCAGGAGGGACCCUCAGGAGGGCUGUGGGUUGGCACAAGCUGUGGGUGGGCCAAAGCUCAAGGGCUUGGAAAAGGAGAGAAUCUGAACCAAGGUUUGGUUACAGGCUUUUGUUCUUAUUGCUCCGUGGGGACAAGCAGUCCAGCUAAUCAUUUAUGAGGCCAAGAAUGGGAAUUUAGAGGGUCUGUGUCUGGCCUGGUCACAGAUAAACAAGGGAGCAUCUGGGAGUCUUAUCCAGGUUAUACAGAAAGUCACUGGCUCUUUCCAGUAGGGGGUUUUCUGGAACAAAAGAGUGGAAGGAUUCCUUAACCUUCACUAUUUCUAGAAGCAAAGGGCUAAGGUAAAAUUCAAUACUGUCAAUAGUCAGGAUUGAAAUGGCUAGGUCAUAUGGUAGGCGUAUGUUUAACUCUCUUCAUACACUGCCAAAUGGUUUUUGAUUGUGGUGGUACUAUUUUAUAAUCCCAUCAGCAGUGUACAAGAAUCCCAGGUCCUCCACAUUCUUGGCAAUACUUGGUAUAAUCAGUCUUCUUUGUCCAUUCUAGUAGGUGUGAGAUGGUGUCACAUUGUGCUUGCAAUUUGCAUAUCCUUAACGAUUAAUGAUGUUGAGCAUCUUUUCAUGUCCUACUUUUUUCUUUUUUUUUUUUUUUUUUUUUGAGACAGAGUCUUGCUCUGUCGCCCAGGCUGGAGUGCAGUGGCACAAUCUCGGCUUACUGCAAGCUCCACCUCCCGGGUUCCCGCCACUCUUCUGCCUCAGCCUCCCGAGUAGCUAGGACUACAGGCGCCCACCACCACGCUCGGCUAAUUUUUUGUACUUUUAGUAGAGAUGGGGUUUCACCGUGUUAGCCAGGAUGGUCUUGAUCUCCUGACCUUGUGAUCUGCCUGCCUCGGCCUCCCAAAGUGCUGGGAUUGCAGGCGUGAGCCACCGCACCCGGCCUUCAUGUCCCAAUUUUCUGUCUGUAUAUCUUAUUUGGUGAAGUGUCUGUUCAAAUAUUUUGUCCAUUUAAAAAAUUGAAUUGUUUGAUUUUAUCUACUGACUUUUAAGCAUUCUUUCUAUAUUCUGGAUACAAGUCUUUUUAUCAAAUAUAGCCUUUGCAGAUAUUUUCUUCCAGGCUGUAACUUGGCUUUUCAGAAAGUCUUUGGGAGCUAUGGCUUAGUGAAACGCUCGUGCCAGGUUCUCCUCAGCGCAUCCCCCUGAUCACAGCCACCCCCAUAGGUUCCAUUUCCAUAUCUGUGGUGACCUUCUGCAAGCUAGGCUGAAAUCCCAAGCUCCAGACCCAUGUCUCCAACUGCCCACCGUUCAAUGCCCUUUGGAUGUCCCAUGCAAAUCGGAGCUCACCAUCCUCUCCCCAGACCCGCUGCUCCUCCAGAAGCCCUGUCUCCAUCAACGGCCCUGCACCUACCGGGCUAGAGACCCAGGAGUCGGCCUUGUACCUCCUUCCUUCUCACUUCCACCUCCUGUCAUUCAGAGCUGUCAGUUCUUCCUCCUGAACAUCUCUGGACACUCACCUCCGCCAAGCACCACACCACCAUUGUUCUCACCCGCACCACCCACCCAGACACCUUUCCUUAGACGGGUGGCCAGAGAAAAACUUCUCAAAUAGAAGUCGGGCCAUAGCACGCCACUGAGGACCUUCCAGCGGUCUCCUGUGCACGUAAACAAGGUCCAGACUCCUUCGUGAACAAGGUCCAGACUCCUUCGUGGGACAAGUAAAGCUCUUGAUGAUCUGGUCCUUGAGUAAUUGUGGGGGCCUCUUGCCCAGAGCCCCUCACACUCUUCAAAGCCGGCAGCUGAAGAGCUCAGCUGUAGCUGUCUGUGGAGUUCAGCCGCCGCUCCCUGCACGCCUGCCCUCUGCAGGGGAUGGAGUCCCGUUUCCCCACUUCCCCACCUGCGCCCAGCAGUGCAGGUGAAGGCCUGGCUGCUGGGAGUGGCUGGGAAACACUGCGCUUUGGGGUCAGGAAUGCCAGCUCCACUACUCACCGCCUGUGUCACCCUGGGAAAACAGUUCUGGCCCCAGGUUCUCCAUAAGUAAAACAGGGGCAGUCAUCCCUCCCCUCCUCAACGACAUAUGUCAGAAUCAGAAGCCACAAAUCAUUCUCUGCCACCCAGCACGCUGCCUUGGUCUCCUAGACCACUUUCCCCAACAAAGGGAACGGCGCCAGACCCAGAACAGGGCCGAGACCGGAUGAGGCCAGCGAAGCGCCCAGGGACAAACCUUCGGGCAGCGCCCACUCUCGGGCUCGGGCAAUUGCAGGGUCCCUCCGAGAGCGAGCGUCUCCAGAGAACGCGGCCGGCGCCUGGCUGUGCCCGGAGCCUGAAGACCCCUCGGAGCCGCCCGCCCCACGAUGGGCCCGCCCCUCCGGGAUUGGCGCCCUGCUAGUGGCCAUUGCCUGUGACGUCACAGGGUCGCGCCCGCUUCUCGCUCGGGUGAUCCGGCCGAGUGGCCCUGGGUUAGCCGCUGCUGCAUUUUCCCCGGCUGGCUGCGGUCACUGGUGUCAGUGCUCAGGCGCCCGCCGCCCUUGACCUUCGGCCCCGCGAGCCCUAACCCUACAGCGCAGGAAGAUCGGCCGCCGCGCCAGGCUCUGAUGCUGGUGUCUGGUAGAAGAAGGUUACUCACAGCUCUGCUGCAGGCUCAGAAGUGGCCCUUUCAACCCUCCAGAGACAUGAGACUAGUGCAGUUCCAGGCACCCCACCUGGUGGGGCCUCACUUGGGCCUGGAGACAGGGAAUGGUGGAGGGGUUAUCAACCUCAAUGCCUUUGACCCCACACUCCCGAAGACAAUGACGCAGUUCCUAGAGCAGGGAGAGGCCACCCUCUCAGUGGCAAGAAGAGCCUUGGCUGCCCAGUUGCCAGUCCUACCACGGUCGGAGGUAACCUUCCUGGCUCCAGUCACACGGCCAGAUAAGGUGGUGUGUGUGCGCAUGAAUUAUGUGGACCACUGCAAAGAACAGAACGUGCCCGUGCCCAAGGAGCCCAUCAUCUUCAGCAAGUUUGCCAGCUCCAUCGUGGGGCCCUAUGAUGAGGUGGUCCUCCCACCACAGAGCCAGGAGGUAGACUGGGAAGUGGAGCUGGCUGUGGUCAUUGGAAAGAAAGGCAAGCACAUCAAGGCCACAGAUGCCAUGGCCCACGUGGCCGGCUUCACUGUGGCUCAUGACGUGAGUGCUCGUGACUGGCAAAUGAGACGUAAUGGGAAACAAUGGCUGCUGGGAAAAACCUUCGACACCUUCUGCCCUCUGGGCCCUGCCUUGGUGACCAAGGACAGUGUAGCAGAUCCACACAACUUAAAGAUCUGCUGCCGAGUGAACGGGGAAGUGGUCCAGAGCAGCAACACCAACCAGAUGGUAUUCAAGACAGAGGACCUGAUAGCCUGGGUCUCCCAGUUUGUCACCUUUUACCCAGGGGAUGUCAUCCUGACUGGGACUCCCCCAGGUGUCGGUGUAUUCAGGAAACCUCCUGUCUUUCUCAAGAAGGGGGAUGAAGUCCAGUGUGAGAUUGAAGAACUAGGUGUCAUCAUCAACAAGGUGGUGUGAUGGCUCCGGCACAGGCCCUGCACAUAGGACGGGGGCAUCUGCUCCCACUCAGCCUAGCCCAGGGAAAGGCCCAGUGACAGGUGUGGGCAGGUGCCAGCCCUGCAAGCCGCCUCUUCUCGGUAGAAGGGAGGACAGAGCUCUCUUCAAUAAAUUCGUUGGGUCAAAGUA